GCCACAUUGACAUAGCGAUAGAAGCACUGAUAACAAAAUAUCUAUUGAUAAAAAUUUUUUGCUGACUCUCCCGCCUAGUGUUUUGUUUAUUCAUGGACGGAUCAAAGUGUAUUGAAGGAAGUUUUUAUAAACAAAUUUUAUAAGUGAAGUGAAGUGUGGUGAAUAAAGUUAAUAAUGACAAAAAGUGUUUUGGACUGGUCGUGCCUACUUUGAAUGUUAUUUGUUGUCAAUUUUUAUCGUUCCAUUAUGCUGCAGUUGCGGGUCUGUGCAAUACACAUUAGUUUAAACAGACAACAAACACAAAACAAGUCCUCAUGCUAAUGAAAAUGCUAGCACAUGCUGCGAAACGAAAAAGUGUAUCCAUACAUGAGUGAUUGCGCGAUUGGGUGACACCGGCAGCGAUGCAAGAGAUAUGCAAUACCGCGCUGCCACUUGACAGUAACCCUUUGAUCCGCAAAAUAAAAUGCGAAGAGUUCCCCGUGAGAGGAAAGCAAGCAGCAAGAAUCGGAAUGGGGGUCCGCGAUGACAUGGAAGAGGAGUUCGUGGUGAAGACGAGGAACACGCCGCCGAUGGGGCCCGCUCCGGGACAGGACCAUCCUCGGAUGGAGCAUGGGGGCAACGGAUUUUGGCUGGCAGCGGUAACCGCCGCCGGAGCACCCCAUCCUAUGCUCGAAACUUGUACAGAGACUGGUUUCAUUAAUAGUCAACCGUCGAUGGCGGAGUUCAUGACGGCGCUGCCGCAGCUGGGAGGAGGUGAAUUAAGUCCGCAGCACACACCUCCCGGAUAUGCCCCGGACCUUCCAUCGCCUGGUGGCGGCCUGAACGUCCCCGAGUACCCUUGGAUGAAAGAGAAAAAAACAACUAGAAAAAGUAGUCAACAAGAAAAUGGGCUGCCGCGUCGAUUACGAACCGCCUACACGAACACACAACUGCUAGAGCUAGAAAAGGAGUUCCACUUCAACAAAUACCUGUGCAGGCCCAGAAGAAUUGAAAUCGCCGCAUCGCUUGAUCUGACAGAAAGACAGGUCAAAGUGUGGUUCCAGAAUCGACGAAUGAAACAUAAAAGACAAACGAUAAGCAAAAGCGAAGAUGGAGAUGAUAAAGAUUCUACCACCUCAGAAGGAGGCAAAAGUUCUAAAACAGGGUUAGAAAAAUUCCUCGACGACGAUGGCCCGUUGUCUGGUAAGAAGAGUUGUCAGGGGUGCGAACUGCCACCGGGUGCUCUAUGCUCUCCAGCUGAAGACCUUCCGGAGUUGACGUCUAGAACACGUAACAAUAACACUCCCAGCGCUACGAAUAAUAACAGCUUUGCAAGUGAUGGCGCUUCCAGUGUGGCUUCGUCGUCUUCGCUCGAUAAACUAGCGGAAGAAGACUCACGGGAAGGUCUGCCACCAGUCAACCCUGUGACUGCAGCACCUAGAAGUUUUGCUAAAAGAAUUAAACAGGAGUCGAGAAAGCGCUCCCCCUCGUUAGAUACCGCGGGUUGCAAAGUAUCACCCUCUUCUUCGAAAGACGGUCUCGUUGGUGUGCCUGGCCUUCCAGAUAGUGGCAAAUUUUCGUCAGUGAAUUUGACACCAUCGUCCACUCCGGGUACGCCUUCGAGUAUGCACCAAAGUCCUCUCGGCCUUUAUCCUCGACCGUCGCCACCUCAUGCACCGGCAGGGCCGCCUCUUCCUCAAGCUGUACCUAACGCCAUGCCUCCUUACGUAAUAAGAGGAAAUGCUCCACCUGGUCAGUUCGUGCCGCAUCCGGAUUUCCGUAUGGACACAAAACAAUUUGUGGGUAAACUGGCUCAAUACCCUCAAAGUAAUAGGCCUUAUGAUGCUUACGCGCCGGCCUUACAGGGCACAGAACAACACGUUUAUACCAGAAAUCAGCAUCAUUCGAGACAAGAUGGAUCUCCUUCUACGAGACCAAAUGGGAUAGGAUCGAGGCAAUCCUACCCACAUGAAAUGUACCAAAACUACCCUUAUGGAAGUUAUGGAAAAGAUCAAAUUGCAUACGGGCAUCCUAGUUAUGAGCAGGGCCAAGCUUACCCCGGUGAACAUAUCGGUUAUCCUAACAGUCACUACGGAUAUCACUAUCACGAAGGUGGACAACACGAGCACACACAUGGUUACUACGGAAGUGAUGGACAAAAGAAUGUUCACGGCGCUGAUUAUACAAAGAAUGCUUACUACGACACAAACUCGUACGGCAGCCAACAGGGAAGUGCAACGGCCGGGAGCUACGGAGCUGGCGGGCAAGGUCCUGCCUCGGCAGAAGCGUACGGUGGAGCCGGUGAAUGCGGGGACAGCUACGGCUCCUUCCAACAAUUCUACGAAGCAACACACGCGACGCCAGCCACCAAUGACAAUUCCAAUUCGUCGUCUGACUUUCACUUUCUGAGCAACCUAGCGAACGACUUUGCUCCUGAAUACUACACCAUUUGAGAUAAGGAGUUCGCCGAGCAGGCGAGCGAUCUGUUCGUGUAACAUUCUAAUUAUGCGUUUGAUACGCUCAUUAAUAUGUAAAUAAACAAAAUGUUUAGUAUAAGGGUUAAGGUGUUGAAACUUGAAACUGAACAUCGCCAGAGGCGGUGAAAUUGUGGCUAAAUGCCCUGUUUCUCUUUAUACGACUCACAUACCAAUAAGCUACGCUAUACUCAGUAAUAUUGUAACAAAAUGUAAAUAAAUAUCUCCUUUUACUAAUUAAUUGUUACUUUAUUAGGAUACUUAUCUAAUUCAACAAUUUUAAAAAUGUGUACCUACCUAUGCAAACAAUGAAAUAUAUUCUAGUUACUUGAAAAAAAUUGUUAGAAGGAUGGCUGAGACUCUAAAACAAAAAGCCUUUUUCAACAAACUAUUUUGCUAUAUCAGGCCUAGAAAAACUUACCUAUUUUAAUCUGAUACUUAAAGAAUCUGCAUUUAAUAUCAUAGCAUGUUCUGAAAUAUUUUGCACACUAUUUUGUGAAGCCGAAAGUUGAAGGAGUAGGUAUCAGACCACAUAAAGCAAAUUCUAAUUAACAAUAAUUCUUAAAAGACAAGGAGUACCUACCACGACUAAAUGUACCUACCUGUUGCUUGCAAAUCAUCAAACUGUUUUAAUUGAAGAUACCUGCAGAUCGCAAAGGUAUCCCCCAUAUUUACAAGUAAAUCAAUACAUAUACAAUAUACAUGCAUUGUACACUUUUUACAAUUAUUUAUUAAACACUCGACAAUUUCUAGAAAUUAAAUUAUGUAAAUUUUUUAAUAUCUAUGUAAAAUACCCAGUGUAUUUAAAAUACCUUUUCACGUGUUCAUGUUAAGAAAAUUAUUGCAAUAUUCGUAAUUAUUGUUUCUCAAUACCUAUCAUAGAUAUUGUUUACAAAAUUAAGUAUCUAAUAGUUGUUGCCUUAUUUAGUUGAUAUUGUUUUGUGACUAUGAUACAUAUUGUAGAUACAUAUUAUGUAAGUUAGUUUAUUAAGCGACUAUAUUGUAGAUAUCAGCGCUAUCAUUUUGGCCUAUUAAAAAAUAAAUAAUUUGGUGUCGCAUGUGUAUGCAUUUAUUUUACAAUAGCUAUAAGAAAACCUUCUUAAACAAAGAGAAGACAUGUUUUUUUGCAUGGAUAUAGUCUACUUUUAAUCCUGGAAAAUCAGAGUUCCCACUGGAUUUUUAAAAAGCUAAACCCAUAUGGACAGUCACAGACAUCAGCUAGUGAAUGCAAGAGCAAUUUGCUCACACAGAAUUUAGACCACAGCCCCUGGAACCUCAGAAACUAUCUUAC